GUCGGCGUAUCCCAGGUUCAUCUUUCCACCUCGAACUGCGAUGUCCAUUGCUACACCCAGGAUCCGCUCUGUAAAGCAUCAAUAUGCAUGAUAACUGCUCUCCUUCGGGAUAUCGUGGUGCCGAUUGAAAAUCAUAAAUGACAACCAUGAAGAUAUUCACACGAAUUUCCACUGGCCUUUUGGGCCUUGUACUAACUGCGUUGCUGGCCCAGGGCGCCGCCUUAGACGGAGACUCGCCUCCGCCAAGCGACAGAACGGUAUCCUUGAAACUCUUCUCAGAACUAGAAGAGCUCUCACGUCUGGUGGAUAUUUCGUACUGUGUCGGCUCUACCGGCGUCUACAGUCCGUUCAAGUGCCUUAGCCACUGUGGCGAGUUUGACGGAUUUGAGCUUGUUACGACCUGGAACACGGGGCCAUUGCUUUCAGACUCCUGCGGUUAUAUUGCCUUGUCGCACCCGCCCUUUGCAGGACGCAUUGUUGUUGCCUUUCGAGGGACAUACUCUUUGACUAACACGAUUAUUGAUUUAUCUGCCGUCCCCCAGGAAUAUGUCCCAUAUCCUGGCGAUGGAGAUGACAAGUUAUAUCAAAGAAUAUUUACGGAAAUUGCAGUGAUCGACUACCCCGCCAAGUGCAACAAUUGUACAGUACACUCCGGCUUCUGGACAUCCUGGAAAAACACUCGCGACACAGUCCUCUCUGCAGUGCUGCAUGCAAAGAAACAAUACCCCGAAUACGAAAUAGUCCUCGUUGGGCACUCUCUAGGCGGAGCCGUCGCGGCUCUGGCUGGUCUUGAAAUGGGUCUUCACGGCUUGAACCCGCAAGUCACGACAUUCGGAGAACCGAGAGUCGGAAAUACAGAAUUCGCCGCAUUUAUCAACACAGUAUUCAAUCUAUCCUUCCAUGACAGCGCAUAUGCUGACCGCAACGACAUGCGAUAUCGCCGGGUGACGCACGUAAACGACCCCGUGCCUCUUUUACCUCUAACAGAAUGGGGAUAUGCCAGCCAUGCAGGCGAGAUAUACAUUUCCAAACUCAAUCUUCCUCCAACCAUCGCUGAUUUGGAGUUUUGUUCUGGCAAUGAUGACAAGCGCUGCAUUGCUGGCGCCGAGACCACGAGUUCGGUGCAUCUGCUUACGCAGACAGUUUCGUUGCCGGCUGGUUCCAAUCCGUUUACACUGCAAGAUCCCGUGCACUUUAAUGGUUUGAAGACACAGUUUCCUCUGAUACCUGCUAGAUACCGGCUAUGGGAGCUAUUCUUCUCGCAUAGGGAUUAUUUUUGGCGAAUUGGUCUCUGCGUGCCGGGAGGUGAUCCCGGGUCGUGGAGAUGGGGUAAGUGAAUGAUUUUCGGGUUUCCUAAAUUUGAAGUUUUGGCCUGUUUCUCUGGUGCUUUUAUCAUCAGAUGCACGUUGAAAAUAUACCAAUAAGCUUGAUUGUAUUACACUUUGCAAGGAUCUACAUAUAUAUACCCAAGGCAUGCAUGUACAUAGAACUUUUCAAUUCUCAAUGUUAGGGCAAUCAUUAUCAUAUUCCUA